UAGCGUAGCCGUGUGCUACAGAGUUUUUUCUUUCUCCUGCUUCGGUAAUAAGUGCAACCCAUAAGUGCAAAAUUAUUCAUCCAUAAAUCCCCCCACGACUAACUGUUUUAGGGAAUUAACUUAUUCAGUAGAUUCUUCUGUGAAUUUGGUCUAGGAAAAACAAGAAAGCUGGAGAGGUUAGAGCAGCUUACGAAACUAUCGAAAAUGGAUAGGAAGGCGGAGUUGGAGCGGAAAAAGGCCAAACUGCAGGCCCUCCGCGAGGAGAAGGACCGGCGGCGCAAGGAGAAGGAGAUGAAGGACCUGGAAGAAGCGGCCGGCAAGCUGGGUCAUCCGGAGAGUAACACCAGAAAGGACCUCGACGAGAUGCUGUCCUCGCUGGGUGUUGCUCCGGUUUCGGAGGUACUUUCGUCGCUGUCUUCGGUCAACUCGGCAACCUCGGACCACUCGGCCAAUCACACCCCGGAUGCCAGCUUGCAACCGAACGUGAAUGGGCAGAAUCUCCGAAAGAAACCGAUCAAUCUGAGCCUGGUCUCCGUCCAGGCAACGAACAUUCCACCGAAAGAGACCGUCGUUUACUCGAAGCAAACGCAAACCACUAGCACCGGUGGCCACGAGCGCGAUGUUUUUUCUUGCCAUUCCUCACCUCUGUCAGGAUAUAUGGAGGAUUGGUGGAGACCGCGUAAAGCUCAUGCCACGGAUUACUACGAUGAAUACAAUCUAAAUCCCGGUUUAGAGUGGGAGGAUGAGUUUACAGUGCUUACUUUUGGCGAUGGUCAAGGUGACGAUGAAGAAAACUCCCUGACUCAUAUCGAUCAUGGCUUCCACUCGAAACUGCCACCGGGCAUUCUGCCGCACGGGCUACCUACGGUCAAGGAGGUGGCCCCGGCCAUCACACCCCAGGAGCAGAAAAAGGAGGAGGUUAAAGAGGUUAAGGAACUCUCUGCUGAACAGAAGCAGAUGAUUAUCCUGUCGGAAGAUUUCCAACGUUUCAUCCUGAAGGCGGGCAAGGUCAUGGAGCGUGCGCUGUCCGAACAGGUUGACAUCUAUACGGAUUACAUUGGUGGAGGUGAUACCGAUGAUAUCAACGACGAACGUUCCCUAGCCCGGUUGUCUCUGAAUCGAACGUUCUACUGCGAUCGCUGGUCCAAGAACCGUUGCGUGACUUCGUUCGACUGGUCAACGCACUUCCCGGAGCUGAUGGUCGCGUCGUACCACAACAACGAGGAAUCGCCGAACGAGCCGGACGGUGUGGUCAUCGUUUGGAACACCAAGUUCAAGAAGCACACCCCUGAGGACGUGUUCCACUGUCAGAGUGCCGUCAUGUCGACCUGCUUCGCCAAGUUCCACCCGAACCUGAUCCUCGGCGGAACGUACUCCGGGCAGAUUGUACUCUGGGACAACCGGGUGCAGAAGCGAACGCCGAUUCAGCGGACACCGCUCAGCACGAAUGCGCACACGCAACCCGUGUACUGCCUGUCGAUGGUCGGCACCCAGAAUGCUCACAACGUCAUCUCGAUCAGCUCGGACGGCAAGCUGUGCUCGUGGAGUUUGGACAUGUUGUCGCAGCCGCAGGACGUGCUCGAACUGCAGCAGCGCCAGUCGAAGGCAAUUUCCGUAACCUGUAUGGCGUUCCCGCACAAUGAGGUCAACAACUUUGUCCUGGGCAGUGAGGACGGCUACGUGUACUCGGCGUGCCGCCACGGUAAUCGGUCCGGCAUCGGUGAAACCUACGAGAAGCAUCUGGGGCCGGUCACCGGCAUCUCCGCACAUCACAACCAAUCGUCGCCCGACUUUGGCCAUUUGUUCCUUACUUCUUCGAUCGAUUGGACCAUCAAAUUGUGGAGUCUUAAAGACAACAAACCAAUCUACUCGUUCGAGGACAAUUCCGACUACGUUACGGAUGUCGCCUGGUCGCCCGUUCAUCCGGCACUGUUUGCGGGAAUUGACGGCAGUGGUCGGCUGGAUUUGUGGAAUCUCAACCAGGACACCGAAGUGCCCACGGCAUCGGUUGUGGUUGAUGGUCAGCCUGCGCUCAAUCGAGUAUCGUGGACUCCUUCCGGACUGCAUGUAACGGUGGGCGACGAAGCCGGUCGCAUUUACGUGUACGACGUGGCCGAUAAUUUGGCCAAUCCCCGAAUGGACGAGUGGAACAAACUCAACUCGGUCCUGUACGAGCUCAAAAUGAACCAGAACGACGAGUUUGAUGAUAUCGACAAAAAGUCGCCGAUCCCACAAACGCCGUCACUCACUUCGCUUACCUCCUCACCACUUAUAUGAAAUUCAAUCAGACCCUAUUAAAGAAACGAUAGGGACUAAAAACAAAUCUGUGAAAUACUGCGUGUGCGUGCAUGAGCGAGAUGUUGAAAGGUCGGAGAAUGUUCGCCGAACUGGUUGGGAGCUGGUAAGAGGAUAAAGGCUGGAUCUACGUGCUUCUGAAGGGACUCAACAAAGUUGGACACUAACGUAUAGAUAAGCUCGCGUGUAGACAGAGAUAGGUGACCCGACUCAUUGCAGGGCAGCUUGUCGUUCUUGCACCAUUGUACUAAUGAAAGUUUUAAAUUUACCAUCUGAAAAAGUUAAAUAUAUUCAUGACUAACCAUGUGCAAGAUAAAAAAACAAAAACAGCAGUAAUAUUUAUUAUCCUGUGUUAGCUUUGCAACAUAACAUAAAUUUAUCAGAUCAAAUACAACCCUUACCUAAGCAGAUAAA